UUUAGGUGUUGCGACCACCCAAACACAAACCCUCCUUACCCUUUUCCUUCAUCUUCUCUCUCACAGAGCUCUCUCUCUCUCUCUCUCUCUCUCUCCCUCUCCUCUGCAACAGUUUCACCAUUGCUCCUCAAACCCCUAGAUUUUCUCAUACAUACGCUCUUCGCUCUUCGCUCUUCGCUCUUCGCUCUCCUCUCUUCUCUCUCCCUCACUUCUUCUCCAUAUCCCCAAACAAAUCCCCUUCUUCCACCGCCAUGGCUGACCCCAACUUCGAUCUCCCCGACGAUCUUCUCUCCUCUCGCCCCUCCGAUCACUCCUGGACUCCCAAAGUGGAAGCUUCUGGAGGGAAUGAUGAGGAGAAGGGACUCGCGGCAUUCCUUGAUGAGUCGAAAGAUCCAGUGGCAUCAGAGAGCAGCAUACCGCUGUCCCCUCAAUGGCUAUAUGCCAAACCCAGUGAAACUAAGAUGGAAAUGCGUGCUCCAACCCCAGUGUCCCUUGCUAACUCCACUGAUCUCAAUCAGAAAGAGGGUUGGCGUCCAGAUGGGUCCGAGGACAAGAAGGAUUGGAGGAAAAAUACUUCUGAGAAUGAAAGUGGCCGCCGUUGGCGAGAGGAAGAGAGAGAAACUGGCUUACUUGGUGGUCGUCGAAGGAAAACUGAGCGCCGCAUUGACAUAUCAUCUAAGGAGACAUUGGAGAGUAGAGUCCUGCCUAAUUCAGACAGAUGGCAUGAUGGCCGUACUUCUGGGCAUGAUAGUCGUACUUCUGGUCAUGAUGGACGACGCGACAGCAAAUGGACAUUGAGGUGGGGACCGGAGGACAAAGAUAAGGAAUCACGGACGGACAAGCGAUCAGAUGCUGAUAAGGAAGAUAUUCGCAAUGACAGUCAAUCAGUGAGUAGCAAUCGCCCUGCCUCUGAGCGGGACUCUGAUUCACGUGAUAAAUGGAGGCCUCGCCAUAGGAUGGAAACCCAUUCUGCUGGCUCAACUUCGUCUCGUGCUGCACCUGGGUUUUCACUUGAGAGAGGACGGGGAGAUGGGUCUAAUUUAGGAUUUGCAAUUGGACGAGGAAGGUCAAGUACUAUUGGGAGAUCAUCUACUGGUCCCACAGGAGUUCCACACUUGGAUAAGAUUGAAAAUGUUCCUGGGAAACCAAGAUACUCAUCUCAUGCUUUUUGUUACCCCAGGGGUAAGCUUCUUGACAUAUAUCGGAGGCAAAAACUCAAUCCAUUGUUUUCAGCUCUCCCCGAUGAUAUGGAUGAAUUACAGCAUGUGACUCAACCUAGUGUCGUAGAACCAUUAGCUUUUGUUUCUCCAGAUGCUGAGGAGGAGGCUAUCCUGGGUGACAUAUGGAAGGGGAAGAUCACAAGUAGUGGGGUCUUAUACAAUUCAUACAAAAAGGGGAAGCCAACUGAAUGUGUUUUAGGAGAUGUAGACUGCAUAGAGGGAGAUGAGGCUGAACUAGAAUCAACUGUAACAUCGGAGAAUGUAGCAGAUGAUCGAUAUACUGAACAAAAAUGGAGUGCCAUUGCUGCAACUCCAAAUGAUGAUACUGCUAUUCCUACUCAUGAAAUUGACGAUGCACGUCAGGAUGCUGGUGACAGGACGCUGUGGAGUCGUCCUUCAGUGAUGAGGGAUGUCCUUGAUGGAAAAUAUACCAGCCAUAAGGAAGAGGAAGAAAGGUCCCAUGCAGCUGUUUCUGUGUUCGGCUCAGAUGGGCCGACUCACACAGUUCCUACCGUAGCUUCCCAACGUGGGAUGGAGAUUGGUGGUGGACACCCUGCUAGUCAGCUAAAUUUUGGUGUGAAUGGGCGAGCAGAUUCUGAUCAUAAAAAGCCUCAUAACUUUAACGAAGUUGAGUUUGCAAAUUCUCUUGACGUCAGAUCCAAGCUUCCUGAUGAUCCUAGUUCAAUUUUCUUUAUUCCCUUCUCUGAGAAAAAUCCAAAUAAAGGUUCUGAUGUGAAGUGUGAGGAGUUGAGUUUGUUCUAUCUUGAUCCUCAAGGAGUUAUCCAGGGGCCGUUUAUAGGGGCUGACAUCAUUUUGUGGUAUGAACAAGGUUUCUUUGGGUUGGACCUGCCAAUCAGGUUGGCAGAUGCCCCUGAAGGAACCUCAUUCUGUGAGUUGGGGGAGCUUAUGCCACAUCUGAAAGUUAGAGAAGGAAGUGUUGAUUGUGCUGAUACAAAAUCUCUUUCAGGCCUGUCUGGGGCCUCGGGAGGAAUAAUGGAGACCAGUUUACCUUCUAAGCAUCCAGCUCUUGAUAUGAAUGAUGCAUCCACAACAAAUGAGGUUCGUCGGUCACUGGCCGAAUUACAUAGCUUCUCCAAUCAACACAUUCCAUCUGGAAUGUCYGACACUGAAGCACCAUUUCAAUUGCAUUCCAAGGGUCCAGGCUUUCAUGAUGUUGUUGCACAGGAUGAAGAAAUUGUGUUUUCUGGAAGACCUGGAAAAGCUGGUUAUCAAAUUCCAAACUCUUCUGGAGUACUUCCUUUGGUGAAUUCUAUUAGCCAACCUUCUCUUUUAAAUGAGUUGACAGAUUGCAGUGUGCCUGUUCAGAAUGAAAAUAAGUUGCACCCUUUUGGAUUGCUGUGGUCUGAGCUGGAAGGUACAAAUAUGAAACCAGUUGAAGGCACAAAUCCGAAACAUGCCAAGCCAGUUAAUAUGCCUUCAAGCAUGGGAAGAACUGCUCCAUUAGUUGGGAAGGCAGAAGCAUCUCUCAAUGCAGAGACUUGGCUCGAUGUUUACAGAAGAAGUAUGCACUCUGACCAGAGUGUAUACCAGGAUGCAAAUGUUGCUCAUUCCCUUCCACAUAUAGAACAAGAAUCCAAUAGGUUUGAUUUGGUGGCAGAUCAACUAAUGUCGCAUCAGUAUCAACAGGCUCUCCAACAGCGGAAUUUGUUAUCUCACACUAAUGAAGCUGCCUUAGAUCAUCAUAUGCAACAGCAGAAUCUUCUUCACCAGCAACUAUUGGCUAAUAGAACUACUCCUGAUAUUGAUCAUUUCAUGAACCUUCAGUUGCAACAACAACAGCAGCGGCAGCUGCAGCUACAACAUCAAUUGCAGCAGCAGCAGUUGCAGCAGCAGCAAAAACUUUUGCAGGAACAGCAUCAAUCUCAAGUCCAACAGGUGCUGCUUGAACAGUUGUUGCGUCGACAAAUUCACGAGUCAGGCCUUGGGCAGUCACAUAUUGAUCCAAUUAGAGCCAAUAGUGCUCUUGAUCAGGCAUUAUUAGAGCAACGAUAUUUACAUGAGCUACAGCAACAGUCUCAUCAUCAACAAAGAUCUCUUGAUCCAUCUUUUGAGCAGCUUAUUAAAGCAAAGUUUGGUCAUCUGCCACCACAACAAGAACAUCAAAGAGAUUUGUCUGAAUUAAUAUCUCGGGCUCAGCAUGGACAGAUGCAAUCCUUGGAUCAUCAAAUUCUCCAGCAGGAGAUGCUACAGUCAAGACAGUUGUCUAUGGCAUUAAGGCAGAGGGCCAAUAUGGAGGACAAGAGACAUGUUGGGGGUCCUAUCUGGCCAGAGGAUGAGGCUGAUCAGCAGUUUUUCAGGGGACAUGCCGGUGGUCAACGUUUACCAUCUUCAGGGUUUGAUUUAUACCAGCAUCAACAGAGGCAAUCUCAUGUAGAUCAGCUGAGUCACCUUGAGCGCAAUCUUUCAUUUCAAGAUCGGCUUAGRCUAGGUCUUUAUGAGCCUGCUUCACUUCCACUUGAGAGGUCAAUAUCCUUUCCUGAUGUUGCUCAGGGGAUGAAUCUGGAUGUUGUUAAUGCUAUGGCUCGUGCUCGUGCUUUAGAAUUGCAAGAAUCCAGUGCACAUAAUCCACCUGGUGGUCAGCUGGGGCAAUAUGCACCUGGUGCCAUUCCACAGAAUCCUCACCACCCUCUAGUCAGUAACCAAUUUCAUGUUUCGCAUUUUGAUGGAACUGAAGGCAGCUGGUCUGAGAAAAAUGAGCGGCUUGGAAAUGAUUGGAUGGAGUCUCGCAUUCAACAACUGCACAUCAAUGCUGAGCAACAGAAAAGGGAGUUGGAAGCUAAAAUGAUUUCUGAAGAUCCAACUUUAUGGAUGUCAGACGGGUUUAAUGAUGAAAAGUCAAAGCAGUUAUUAAUGGAACUCCUUAAUCAGAAAUCUGUGAAUCAAUCUACAGAACCCUCGGAUGUAGGAAAUGGAGCACCCUUCAAUACUACAUCAUCUGGUCUCUUUGCUGGACCAGGCUCUCUGGAUCAGUCGUUCAUUCUUCAUUCAGGCAAGGAAAGAGGGUUGAACAACUCAUUGCCAGUGGGGUCUUAUGUUUCUAAUUCAUAUGAACCACUGGAAGAUGAGCAUCCUGGCAGCUUGGCAAGCAAUGAAAAGGUGCCAUACAGGCCCGAUUCUGGCUCUGUUGUCAAGGGAGUUUCACUUUUGGGUGGUCUUAAAACUAAUGGUGCAAUUAACAGUGCUAGUUCUAGCUUGGCCGGAAACCUUUCUAUGAAUAAAGAAGUCUUAGAGGUGGAGGGCAGGAGUCGUGGACUGAAAGGUGAGGGUUUGAUGAAGACUCAGACUUUUCAAAUUCAAGAAAGCAUGCUUGAACAAGGGGCAUCUGCUGAUCAUGGGGAUUUUUCAAUAGAUACUCAUACCCUUAGUCGGCACUCUUCUGUUGGUUCUGCUGGCUUUCACAAUGAAAAGAUUGCUAAUACGUUUCCAGAAGAGAUUGCUAAAGACCCGGUGACCAUUCACAAUAAAGAUAAUACAUUAUUGAAACGCCCUCCUGUCUCACGCUCUUCAGCAUCCCAGGAUGGAUUGUCUGUUCUGGUUUCUGAACCAGUUGCUAGAGGGAAGAAUUCGUUGAGCAAUGUUGCUGAUGUUUUAGGAGGAAGACCCGACCCAACUGCUAUUUUGGUGAACCAAGAAAACAUGGGUGCUGUAAAGAAAGAGAUGCGCUUCCGACGCUCUUCUUCUUGCAGCGAUAGCGACGUAUCAGAGACAUCAUUUAUCGAUAUGCUGAAGAAGACAGCUCCACAAGAUGCCCAUUCGACAAUGAGUGGAGUCUCGGAGCCAUCGGAUGGAAUGCAGGGAGGGAAAGGUGGGAAAAAGAAAGGGAAGAAGGGGAGACAAAUAGACCCCGCGUUACUCGGUUUCAAAGUCACCAGCAACCGGAUUAUGAUGGGUGAAAUUCAACGCUUAGACGAUUAGAGACCCGAUAGAAAUUGAAUUUUUUUUUUCUUUCUUGUUCCAAUCAUUUUUGUAGAAUGUGCAGUUUCUUCUUUCCUUGUUUUUAACCCUCUUUGUAAGUUGCUGUAUAGGUUUUUAGAGGUAAAAACAUGUGCAGGUAUGUAUUCUUAUUCUUUUUUCUUUUUCCCAGCAGUUGUAAAUGAUCAAAUUUGAGUUGAAUUGGUACCACACAGAUUAAUGUGCUGCUCAAAUACCAAACCUUUGUACAGAAACUUCAAAGAGAGUUGAGGGGAAAUCGCUAAAGAUAUCAAAAUUGGUUGAA